UCAGCACUGAACAAACAGCCCAGAGUAGAAAACAGAAAAAUCCCAAAUAUGUCCCAAUGAAUAUUGCAAACCAUUCAUUCGGAGCAGAUGGGAACGUUUUCUUCGCGUAUUUUUUAAGGUAUGCAUUCGCGCUUUGAAAGUGAAUGAGACCUGCUGGAAAUGAAACACGUUUUUAAAAAGAAAGUAUAGAUCCUCGAGCACCUGCCUGCGAGAAAACCAAUUGAAGUCGCUGGAUAUCUGAACAAUCAAAGACACGAGACUGGACGUUGCGAUAUGAGAAUAUGAAUCACAGAAACUAUUUCCAUUUACAGGAUUAGUGGAUUUGAGAAAGACUUUUUGCGCAACGAUUCUGUGGUCCAGCACACUGGACUGUAGUGUUAUCCGGUUUUUACUGACACUUACAGUAGAACAUAUUUUCUUCUGUGAUUAAAAAAAAACAACGAUAAGCCAUCACUAACGGAAUAAUUUAAAGCUAAAGAGACUGGUGGACAAUAUUAAACUUGGCACCAACAUGUCCCCAAUGGACAUUACCGUAUUUAUAUGCGCUGCUGUUUCUGUCUGCCUGGUCGGGCUGGUCGACAGUGCCAGGAUCUCUCCACCAAAGCUGUCCCCUUCAGAUGAACAGCAUGUGAUUGAGGCUGGAGGCACUCUGACAAUAACUUGCAGGGGACUGGCUCCGCUCAUGUGGACGUGGCCCCUGGUUCUAGACUCAGACAGUGGGAGGCUGAGGAUCUAUGAGCACGACUGUCUGCCUGGGAGGGAGACCCACUGCAGUGCGCUGACCAUCAGCAGCGCUCAGUACAGAGAUACAGGCUAUUACUCCUGCAACUACACACACGCCACAGACAGCAUGGUCAGCAGAACCUAUGUGUUUGUGAAAGAUGAUGAAAAUCCAUUUGUGGAGGCUCACAUCCAAUUCCCUGAAUCCCUGUUCAUAGAGACUGGCAGCUCAGAGCUGGUAGUGCCUUGUAGAGUCACAUCCCCAGACCUCAAAGUCACCUUGACAACGUUUCUUCCUACGAAAUUUGAAAGCCUAGAAGCUCAAUGGGACCCCAAGAUUGGUUUUACCAUGUCAUCAUAUGUUCAUAACAUGCUGAAAUGUGUAACCAAUGUGAAAGGAAAAGAGACACACUCACUUUAUAUGCCAGUGAAACUAGCUCCGGACUUCCGUAACUUAAAGAUGGAGACAGCGCGAGUGAAGCUUCUGGCUGGAGACACGCUUUCACUCAAGUGCUCUGGACAGACCGCUUACAAUGGAAGAAUAGCGAUCGAGUGGGACUACCCCCGGAAAAGGUUAAACGGUUCAGUCACACUGAAAAAGGACAUGGACAGGUCAACCCCAGUCUACACAAUCUACAGCAAGCUGGUCCUGCACAAUAUCACCAUGGCAGACAGAGGCACUUACACAUGCAUAGGAAUCAACAAAUACAAAAUGUAUGCCUACACCAAGGUCAAUGUCUACGAACACCCUUUCAUUAACGCUACUCAUAAAACCGGACCUGUUAUUGAAGUCCAUGAGGGGCGGAAGAAGCUGAGAAUCGUGGCAAAGGUCAAUGCAUUACCAGCCCCAGAGGUUGCAUGGUACAAAGAUGGUUUCCUAAUUAAGGAAAACCACACCUGCUACAAGCAAAAUGGCUCUAUUCUCAGCAUCAAUGACAUUAAAGAAAAGGAUGCUGGGAGAUUCACCAUUGCUCUGAGCAAUAAGAAGCAUGGUUUAUAUAAGAAUCUCACAUUCACACUGAUUGUCAAUAUGAGGCCGCAGAUCUACGAGGAGGAGGUGGCAGCAGUAGAUCUGUAUCCAUACCAGCUGGGGGAAGAGCAGCACCUGACCUGCACUUCAUACGGCGUCCCGGCGCCCCAGAUCAUCUGGAAAUGGCAACCCUGCGACCCUGAACCCUCCAAAACUGUAUGUGAAAAGCAGGAGCCGCAGCAAGUCCAGGUUUGGACAGGAGGCAGCGAGCAGGACCUGCACAUGGCCAACAGGAUUGAGGCCAUUGGGAAUAAAACUGAAAUCCACAAAGGGAAGACCAAGACUGUGAGCACUUUGGUGGUGGCAGAGACGAACGUGUCUGGAACUUAUCAGUGCAUAGCUUUCAACAAAGCAGGCGUUGACGAACGCAAUAUUGAUUUCUAUGUAACAGACUCCCAGAAGUCUUUUGAAGCCGAAUCUCAAACGGCAAUCGAAGGACAUGACGUCAAUCUCACGUGCCGAGCCACAAGGUACAUGUAUAAGGAGCUGAGCUGGCACUAUCCCAGCAAUAAGACGGUGGCCCAUGUGUUCAUGACAUACGAGGCGUACUCCAUCAAGCUGUCCUUCACCCUGAAGAACGUGUCCGCUGACGACGCUGGCCUCUACGAGUGCAGAGCACACAAUGUGUACCGCAACGCAAUCAUUCAGCAGAAGACAGAGCUCCGUGUUGUAGAACGCAAGGUCCCUAGGUUACAGCAGAACCUCACAAACCAGGAUGUGAACAGCAGCAGCACGCUGAUUCUGGGGUGCCAUGCCGACGGGGUGCCCACUCCUCACGUCACCUGGUACAAAAAUGGGCAGCCGGUCCAGCCAGCCCCCGGUAUUACCCUGGGGGUUGAUGGUUUAUUGACCAUCGAAAGAGUGAAGAAAGACGAUGGAGGACUGUACGAGUGCUGGGCGAGCAACGACGAAGGAGAAGUGAAAACAGCUGCCGUCAUCACUGUACUGGGACUGGAAGAGAAGUCUAACUGGGAGGUGAUUAUCCUGGUUUGUACUGGUCUGGUCGCCACUCUCUUCUGGCUCCUGCUGACCCUGUUUAUUCGCAAACUGAAGAAGCCCAGCUCUGCAGACAUUAAAACCGGCUACCUGUCAAUCAUAAUGGACCCGGAUGAGGUGCCUCUGGAUGAGCAGUGUGACCGCCUGCCUUACGACAGCAGCAAGUGGGACUUCCCGAGAGACAGACUGAGGCUGGGUAAAACCCUUGGCCAUGGAGCUUUCGGGAAGGUGGUGGAGGCAUCUGCUUUUGGAAUCGAUAAAUUAUCAACCUGCAAGACCGUGGCUGUCAAAAUGUUAAAAGACGGGGCUACGACCAAUGAAUGCAAGGCUCUAAUGUCAGAGCUGAAAAUCCUGAUUCACAUUGGCCAUCACCUGAACGUAGUGAACCUGCUGGGAGCAUGUACCAAACCAGGGGGUGCUUUGAUGGUGAUCGUGGAAUUCUGCAAGUAUGGAAACUUGUCUAACUAUCUGAGAAGCAAGAGAAGUGAUUUUGUUGUGUAUAAGAGCCGGGAGGGUUCCGGCGGGGAGUCGAGUCGUGACCUGACAGAGCUGAUCAAGAGGAGGCUGGAGAGCGUGGCGAGCACUGGGAGCUCAGCCAGCUCGGGGUUCAUAGAAGAUAAGAGCUACUGUGAUUCAGAGGAAGAGGAGGAAGAUGCUGAUGAUUUAUACAAGCGAGCUCUGACCAUGGAAGACCUGAUCUGUUACAGCUUUCAAGUAGCGAAAGGCAUGGAAUUCCUGGCGUCCCGGAAGUGUAUCCACCGUGAUUUGGCAGCCAGGAAUAUCCUUUUGUCUGAAAACAAUGUUGUGAAGAUAUGUGACUUUGGGCUGGCCAGGGACAUUUACAAAGACCCAGAUUAUGUGCGCAAAGGAGAUGCCAGACUUCCCCUCAAAUGGAUGGCACCAGAAGCUAUUUUUGACAAGACAUACUCAACGCAGACCGAUGUGUGGUCAUUCGGUGUGCUCAUGUGGGAGAUAUUUUCUCUCGGUGCCUCCCCCUACCCUGGUCUACACAUUGAUGAGGAGUUCUGCUGCCGGCUAAAGGAAGGGAUACGAAUGAGAGCUCCUGAGCACGCCUCCCCUGAAAUCUAUCAGACGAUGCUAGACUGCUGGGAAGGGGAACCUGCUGAAAGACCGAACUUCACAGAGCUGGUGGAGCGACUGGGAGACCUGUUACAGGCCAAAGUCCAGCAGGAUGGCAAGGAUUACAUUCCAAUAAACACAUUGCUGGCCGAGGGACAGGAGACCUCGAGCACCUCUACAGCAGAGGAGACCUCAAACACAUCUGUGAACCCGAGACGCUCAGGGGGAACAUGGAACACAAAAAUACGUCCCGUCAGUGUGAAGACCUUUGAUAAGGUCCCUGUAGACAACGAAACAAACGAAACCCAGGAGGAGGGUGAGUCGGACAGCGGGAUGGUGCUGGCCUCUGAAGAGAUGAAGACUGUGAAGAGACUGGAAACGCGAGCCCGGCCCUUAAGCAUAAUGGCUUUAGCAAUGAAAGCAGUGAGCAAGAGUAAAGAAUCAGUGUUGUCCGAUGGGGAGAAGGAGACGAAGUACCUGCAGGAGCCCCUCGAUUUCAGCAUGGAGCACUCCGUUCUCCUCCACAUGGACCCCAACCUGGAGUGCCACAGCCCCCCGCCAGACUACAACUACGUCGUCCGCUACUCUGCGCCACCAGUGUAGCGAGGUGCCACCACACUCAGUGAAGUCUGUUUAGAAUGUAUGUCACUGCUUCUUACCUCAACUAUGCAAAUGUAACUUUGUGAUUGGAUCAAGCAGGAGGGCACAUUUCCGGGCCACGCUUUACGGUAAUUGGCAGGCUAUAGAAAUACGGGUCAGUAAAGGGCUGCUCUUGUAAUUAAGCGUGGAACUGAUCAGGAACUCAUUAUUCGUGGAACUCUGAAGGAAAUAAUAUUUUAGUUCAUGUGUAACAUUAUUCAAGUUCCAAGGGUUUUUUUUUUUUUUUUUAAAUACCCUCCAAGUGCUGAAUACUAAUUUCAAAGUCCGAAAACAUUCUCUUGUUAUUUAUAAUGUAUAUGGGUAUCUUCAUUGGUCAGGGUAUUUCCAUUUUCUUUUGGAUCAAAAUAAGUCGGCUGCUAAUCUUUCUACAAAUUCCUUUCUAGAAACUAUGGGUGCAUUUUCUAUUCAGGUUCCCAAGAAGCUGUACAUUCACAAAAAAAAAAAAAUUCUGAAGAAGUACAUUUCUCAGGUAAACCUAUUUAUUGUGAACAUAUAGAGUGCUUAUGGGUAUUCGCUUGGAGCACCUGCUGUGGUGAUGAAAGUGUAGCAGCGCAGUGCAGUGAAAGCAGUCACACACUGCGUCGGAAUCACUCUUUCAUCACACAGGAUGAUCAGCCGUCUUUUUAACCAUCAUUGGGCGCGGACAGGGUUACCGUAUGACUCCAUGUGCACUAGGACAGUUUGGGAGAGUUCAGGCUUUUCAACUCACAACCCCAAUGCAUUCUGGUAAGUGUAGUCCUGCUGUGAAAGGUACUUGAAUGCAUUGUAGUGUGAGUUGAAAAGCCUGAACGGUCCCAAAUGUUCCUAGUGUACAUGUAGUCAUAUGGUAACUCCAGGUGCUGGGCACCAAUGUAAGCACAUACACACACAAACACAUAUUUGGUGUAAAAGAAUUCUGGGAAGUGUAGUUUAUUGUAGAUUAUGUUAAAGGAAAAAUAAACUACAAUUUUCAGAAAGCUGUCUACCGGAGGAUAUUGAGAAGGUGUGCUUUUUUCAGUUGCACUCUGUGUUUUUGUUUAAUAUAUACAUUUAACUGUAAUGUUUUGGAAUUACCUUGUGUUUGUGAAAGCUAUGCUUAAAUCACACCUAAACUAAUGUCACUGUUGACUGUAUCAGAAAUACAGAUUCUCUUCAUUUCCCUGCCCUGUGAGUCCAGUCAAUAAAACUUUCACACACUGCACCUGCAACCCACCCUUACAUCAGCAAACAUGCUAAGCUGUUGAGAGAACAUCCACAGGAGCCCUUAAUUCAACACAGAUAUAUACUAACACAGGUCACGAAGUUGUUAUGGACAGGUUUAUUGAAUCAUCCCCCAAAGACCAAAGACUUUAUCAAAACUCCAGGCUCAUUCCCUUCCUGAAAUACUGCAGCUGAGCAAUUGUAAAGUAAAAGACAACUGUCUCAAAUCUGUGUGUCAGUCUGAAUGCAGUGCCUUCUUUUGAUGGAAUAAAAAGUCAAUCCGAAUAUGUCACCAGCUGUUCAUAAUGCAUGGUUUGCCCAGGAGAGUAACCUGGGCACCAGGAAUGCUAGACAAUGGUAUUUUGUUCUAAAAAUAGCCAAAGCUACUCAUUUACACAAGGGGAACAAAGAUUGUCUUGGCUUGCCAGACAGCCUGAGAAACGCUGAUCACUCAGCUAUAAAAUAUCUCUCAGGUCAGAGCUUAGUGAUAUACAAAAAAAAACACAAACGGCCAAUUUGUACAUGAUCAGGGUCAUUAAGACCAAUAUCAUUUCUAAUUGUGUCUGCAGUUCACUUUACCCUGUUGCUAAAAUGGGAUUCUAAAUUCUAAAUCCAUUCUAAAUAAACAUCAUUCCAAAUUCUAAAUGGGGUUUGUUAACCCUACAGUACCCUCUAAGUACUGCACUAAAUGUCUUGCCUAUGUGAAAAAAAACAAAUGGCAAUACAGAAUCUGCAUCAGCCAGCGCUGAAUGGAGCAAUAGGGUUAAGGAAUGCUGUACUGCUGUUAGGCCUGUAUGUUGCCUAUGAAAAUACUAACACUUUCAAUACUCAUGGGGGAAAAAAAAAUAUAUAUAUAUAUAUGUA